UUUUUUUUAAAAAGAAAGUGAAAGUAGAGAUAACUUUACGUGUGGCUACUUUUUCCACAUAAUUUCUGAAACAACGUUGUUUUUCAGUUACAGCAGAGUGUUUUUGUAUUUCAACAUGCACUUACAUACAUACAUGUGCGUGGCAGCACUAUUUAUGAUCAGUGAAGGGUUCUUAGUGAAAGGUCCUUCUGGUUCUCUGGUUGUUCCUCUGGGAUCUUCGGUGGUUUUGCCCUGUUAUGUUGAUGAACCCUUACCUUUGAAAGGACUGAAAGUGAUUUGGAUAAGAACCGAUGCCAAUACUUUAGUGCAUGUGUUCCAAGAUGGUGAGAGUCGACCAGAAGCCCAGUAUCAGGAUUAUCAUGAUAGAGCUCAUUUCUUCACUGAUGAAGUCAAACAUGGAAACUUCUCCCUCCGUCUGGACAAUGUGAGAGCUGAAGAUAAGGGUUUCUACAGAUGUAAGGUUUACACCGAUCAGGAAUCUGAAGAAACCCUGGUUCAGAUUAAGUCAGUUGAGCAUCUGAUGGUAUCAGGUUCUGAUCAUCCUGUAUCUGCGUCUGUGGGUGAGGACGUCACUCUGAACUGCUCUGUAGACUCUCACAUCCCACCUGAAGAGAUUGAUGAGGUUUCAUGGACGAAAACAGAUAAAAAUGAAAACAUCCAGGUUCUGGUUUUUGAAAAGAAUAAAAUAAUUCCAUCAGAUGAGAGAUACAGACGCAGAGCUGAGUUCUUCACUGCUGAAAUCCACAAAGGAAACUUCUCUCUCAAACUAAAGAGUGUCAGGACUGAGGAUAAAGGAGUUUACAUGUGUCAAGUGUUUGCUGGAAAUUUUUCAGCCAAUGCAACUGCAGAACUGGAGCAACUGGGUUUCUCAGUUUUACACAAAAUUGUGUUGUUUCUCUGUAUUUUUGCAUCUGUAUCUGCUCUGGUGCUGUCUGUUCCGUGGUGUAUAAAACACAGAUCAUCAAACACAAGUAAAGCCCUGUUUUUUCAGAUGUCUGUAGUCACCGUACCAAACCUUUUUAUGUUUUUUGCCUUUUUGUUUUGGGGUGUUGUUGAAGGGUUUCUGAGUGAGACUGUUGCCUGCUGUGCUCAUUAUUUUCUGAGGCCUCUUCUUCUCUUAUGGACAGCUCCACAUUCAGAACAUUUCCCAGGCAGUCGUGAAACAGUUGUGCACUGCAUAAUUCAUCUACAAUAUUCCCUCUUUACAAAUGUUGUUCAUUCAGUUCUUUUUAAAUCUUUUUGGGAGAAAAGUCUGAGUUAUGAAGAAUCUGACAGAGUCCUGAUAACAAUCCUCUUUGGGAUAAUGAUUCUGAUAUGCAUCGUCAAUAUCGUUUUCUUAUUGGCAGAACUCAUCAAAUAUAAAGACGUCCGUAUACAUGUUGUGUUAGACCUGGUGUCGGAUAUCGGUCAUGAUGUUCUGCCUCCAUUACAACUCAUCUUCCUCUUCUACGCUUUUGGAGCUGCCAGACAAGCACUUUUUGUUCUUGGAGUUUUUCCACUGUUCUUAACUUUUACGAGAUAUGAUUGGAGCAAAGCAUGUAUGGAAAAACUGCAGUGUUUACCCUCAGGAGCCAGGAGGGCACCGUGGUUAAUUUUCAUGAUAACAGUAAAUGGCAUAAUGGUCUAUUCUUACCUCAUAGCGCUGGAAAAAGAGAAAGAUUGUGUGGGAUGGGUCUGCGUAGCUGCUUUUCUUCAAGGUCUCUGGGGACUAGUUGUCCUGAAGCACUCGUUUGAAGACCUGGAUCUUCCUUUUAGACGCGUUGUCUACCUUAUCGGAUCCGUCGGUGUUGUUCUAGUGAACUCUGUUGCACUGAUGACAGAACUGAUCAUGAAAGUAGUUUAUGGUGAGCGUGCAAUGGAGGAUCUGAGAAAAGUUGUCUUUUCCUCCGAAUGCCUCUUUGUCUCUUCUGUGCUGCUGUUAAUCAUUUUCAAACCUUACAUUAAAAAGUUACUGCAGCAUUUCCAGAGAGAGAAGGCAGAAACUUCACACAAUCUAUCAAACCAUAACCAGAGCGCAGCAGAAAUGUGUGAACUGAGUCCUCUGAGAGAGACUGAAGAACAGGAGGCUGAGAGAAACAGAGAAACACAGCCUGAUUCAGAGCCUCAACUGAGUCCUCUGAGAGAGACUGAAGAACAGGAGGCUGAGAGAAACAGAGAAACACAGCCUGAUUCAGAGCCUCAACUGAGUCCUCUGAGAGAGACUGAAGAACAGGAGGCUGAGAGAAACAGAGAAACACAGCCUGAUUCAGAGCCUCAACUGAGUUCUCUGAGAGAGACUGAAGAACAGGAGGCUAAGAGAAACAGAGAGACACAGCCUGAUUCAGAGGUUCAACUGAGUCCUCUGAGAGAGACUGAAGAACAGGAGGCUGAGAGAAACAGAGAGACGCAGCCUGAUUCAGAGCCUCAACUGAGUUCUCUGAGAGAGACUGAAGAACAGGAGGCUGAGAGAAACAGAGAGACACAGCCUGAUUCAGAGGUUCAACUGAGUCCUCUGAGAGAGACUGAAGAACAGGAGGCUGAGAGAAACAGAGAGACGCAGCCUGAUUCAGAGCCUCAACUGAGUUCUCUGAGAGAGACUGAAGAACAGGAGGCUGAGAGAAACAGAGAGACACAGCCUGAUUCAGAGGUUCAACUGAGUCCUCUGAGAGAGACUGAAGAACAGGAGGCUAAGAGAAACAGAGAGACACAGCCUGAUUCAGAGGUUCAACUGAGUCCUCUGAGAGAGACUGAAGAACAGGAGGCUGAGAGAAACAGAGAGACGCAGCCUGAUUCAGAGGUUCAACUGAGUCCUCUGAGAGAGACUGAAGAACAGGAGGCCGAGAGAAACAGAGAAACACUGCCUGAUUCAGAGCCUCAACUGAGUCCUCUGAGAGAGACUGAAGAACAGGAGGCUGAGAGAAACAGAGAGACGCAGCCUGAUUCAGAGGUUCAACUGAGUCCUCUGAGAGAGACUGAAGAACAGGAGGCUGAGAGAAACAGAGAGACGCAGCCUGAUUCAGAGCCUCAACUGAGUUCUCUGAGAGAGACUGAAGAACAGGAGGCUGAGAGAAACAGAGAGACACAGCCUGAUUCAGAGCCUCAACUGAGUUCUCUGAGAGAGACUGAAGAACAGGAGGCUGAGAGAAACAGAGAGACACAGCCUGAUUCAGAGCCUCAACUGAGUCCUCUGAGAGAGACUGAAGAACAGGAGGCUGAGAGAAACAGAGAGACACAGCCUGAUUCAGAGCUUCAGCAAUCAUUAGAAUGACCCAACGAGAUCCUGCCAGAUUCACCAACACGGUUUACUCUGAGAAAAUGGGAGUUUCUUCAGAGGUCAAGCUGAGAGAAUAGUCUUUUGUGGGUUUGUUUUAAACGUAAUUAAUAUGUGAAGUGGUGCCAAAGUGUUUGGACCCUUAAGUCACACUUAAAAACUGUUUUAAGUGCGACUGAACAGACACUGAAGUUUUGGAAACUUGCAGCGAUGCUUUUAAUAUCACGGUCCAUAGACUGAAGGUCUGAAGUCUUGUGCUUCAGUAACUUGCAGUUCUGUGAUUCCUCAUCGGAUGCCUUACAAUGCAGAAUAUAUGUAAGUCAUGGCAGCUUAUGUUUUACAUUACUUGAACUCAUCAAAGAAAGAUGAGGGAUUUCGACAUUCUCCUAAGUUAUAUAAAAGUCAACUUAAUUUUUUUUCAAGUUGGUUUAAUUUCAUUUAUAAUUUAUAUAUGCAUAAAUGAAACUGUAUAUGAGAUUAUACACUAUAAAAUGCACACACUACAUCUCAUUCAGUGCUAAAACACAGUGCUCUUUUUUGUGUAAAGUGAAACCUGUGUAUAUACUUGUAAAUAUUUUUUAGCUUUUAUAUUUUUUUAUUUGUGUGUGUGUGUAAUCUAGAUGGAAAGCAUUAUGAAGUGUGAAUCGGGUUUCCUCAUGUACUCUUAGUGAUUCAGAUUUGUAUUUCUGUGUGUGUUACUCAUGGACCAUGUUUCUGAAGGCAGAGUUAGCUCUGAUAAAUGUAAUCAUUUGGGUGCUUGUGUGUUAUUGCUUCAGGUUUUCAGUGGCAGAAAACCAAGAAUGACACUUGGUAAAAGUUUACCUUAAAAAUGUUUUUUUCUUGUUUUUUACACUGGAGCAGAUGUUGUUACUCACUGUUUUGAUCAAAUCAAAGGAAGCUCCCGUGUAUGAGAUUAUCUGUAGAUUUCUAUAUAAUAAAUUGUAUUAAGUUUGUUACAUAAUGGUGCACAACCUUCUUGACUCAACAGUGUUUUGUCACCCAAAUAAAUGUAAUGUUUACUUCUA